GUAGGAGCGACUGGAUUCCUAUCCAAUCUGGUUUGGAGGCAGGCGGUGCCAGACUCACAAGCUGGGCACUCGGGUCAGCAAACCUUGCUGCUUUGAAUACAUCACGGGUUUCCAGUCUUUUGCCGAUGGUUUGUCCUCCUCUCUUUGUGCCUGGGACCUCAGAAAGGAUGCCGCAGAGAAUUUAUAUCGAGGGCUGAAGGUGGUGAGGUUGUACCAAGUGAAGAGGCUUUGCAGUUGUCUUAAAAGGUAUACUCUCCAGGUGCAUCGGAAAUUGUGUCACACAUUCUCACCUCAGGAGUCAGAGACAUAGAAGGAGGAAAUGUCAGGUUGUCAGGAACUGUUGACAUUCAGGGAUGUGGCCAUAGAAUUCUCUCAGGAGGAGUGGGAGUCUCUGCACCAGACCCAGCAGAAUUUAUACUGGGAUGUGAUGUUAGAGAACUACAGAAAUCUGGUCUCCCUCGGUCUCACUAUAUUUAAGCCAGAUCUGGUCACAUUUUUGGAGGAAAAGAAGGAGCCCUGGAAUGUUGAGAAAAAUGAUAAAGUAACCAUAUACCCAGAUAUGUCUUAUGAUACCCAGGGAUCUUUGCCAAAGUCAGAUGUAGAAGAUUUAUUCCCAAAAGUGUUACUGGGAAGAUAUGAGAACUUUAGCCUUGAAAAUGUAUACUUGAUGGAAAAUUCAGAAGAAGAUCAAGAAUUUGAAAGGCAGAAACGUUUUUAUGAUGCACUUACCCAAACUUGGACCACUACUCAUAAGCACCUCAGUGACGAAAGAGAUCAAGGACAUAAGACUUCUUGGGAAAAUUACAGCAAGUCAUUUUUGUUUCCAGAUACCCAAUAUAAAGGUAAUGAAUAUGAGAAAGUCUAUUAUCAAAUUUCAAACCUUGUUAUACAUCAAAGUAUCCAUCUUAGAGAGGAGUCUUACGGAUGCAAUAAAUGUGACGAAGCUUUUAACCAUUCUUCAAAACUUAAUCACCACAAGAAAUUUAAUUUGAAAAAAAAACUAUACAUGUGUAAUAAAUGUGGAAAAUUAUUUAGUCACUCUUCAAAUGUAAAUAGACACAAAAUAAUUCAUACUGGAGAGCAGCCUUACAAAUGUACAGAAUGUGGUAAUACCUUUAACCGAUGUUCAAGUCUUAGUCGACAUCAGAGUAUACAUACAGGAGAGAAACCUUAUAAAUGUCAAGAGUGUGGUAAAACUUUUAACAGAUACUCUAACCUUACCCGACAUCAGGUAAUUCAUACUGGAGAGAAACCUUACAAAUGUAAGGAAUGUGAUAAAGCCUUUAGCCGAUACUCACAUCUUACUGCACACCAGAGAAUUCAUACAGGAGAGAAGCCUUACAAAGGUAAAGAUUCUGGUAAAACUUUUAAUCAAUGCUCAAACAUUACUCAACACCAAGAGUUCAUACUGGAUAGAAACCUUACAAAUAUAAAAAAUGGCAAAGCCAUUAGCUAGUAUUCAACUCUUGUGAUCAUGACAGAAUUUGUAGUGGUGCGAAAUUUGUACAAAUUUAAGAAGUAUAGCAAAGUUCUUUAGGUGGAAUUCAAACAUUAUUCAACAUCACAGAACCUUUGAUAGAAAAACCAUAAAAACAUGAAAUGAAAAGAGGUGUGUUUCAAAUAUAGAUUUUAGAAAAUGCCAGUGUCAAGAAAAGGAAUUUCAAAGAUAUAGACUGUGGAAAGUACUUAAUUAAAUCAAAUAUAAAUGAGCACUGAAUAGUUUACAGCAGACAGGAAUGAAUCAAAACUACUUCUCAGAUAUCAUUUUAAAUCAAUAUUUAUUACAGAAACUUGCCCAAAGUCAAGCACUUAGGUCAUUUAUUUGUUAAUAUGGUUCUAAGGAUUAAGGUGAUUGAUUUUUGAACAUGAAUAAUUAAUUUCAAUGUAUGUUUGUAAUCUAAUUGGAUUGGAGAGCUCUGAAUAGCAAUUAUUAAUGUAAUUCUACUCUCAGAUAACAUGUAGUACAUUUAUUCUUAGUAUAUGUUGGAAAUCAAAUGCUUUGUUGUAGUCUUUGAUAUAUGAGAUGUACUCUUUGUUAAAACUCAUGAACAUUGGAUUUUUCAUGGAAGAUGAAGAACAAAGUAAGGUAGACAGUAUGAAAAAAAUUUAAAUGGACAUGUUUGUAUUUGAUGUAUAAUGUUGACAUGCAAACAUAAAGUAGGUAAUUAGGAUAUUUUAAUUCAGUGGAACAAAGGCUAUUCUGAAUUAAAAAAUUGUUUUACCAGUUUUAUGUAUAGAAAAACCUUGCAAUUAAUUACUAUAUUAAUAUAACAUCAUUGCAGUAACAAGAGGUUGAGAACAUUUAUGAAUGUGCUUCAAAUACUCUUCAUACAGAAUUGAAUUGAAAUUCAUUGACAAAUUCAGUGUAAUAUGAAGGCAUGUUGAUUUUUUUUAAAUGAUGCCCACAUAAAACUUGUUAGGAUUCAAUGUUACUUUGAUUUAUAACAAUAAAUAAAUAUCACAGAUGUCAGAAUAAAUGCUAGUUUAUUUCUAAAGGCAUGGAAUUAUUAUAAAUUCAUAUUUUAUUGUCUCACCCUUGAAAAUUACAGAAAACAACUCUUGAAUCAUUAUACCAGAGGAAGAAUGCUACUUAUUAUUAUAUGUUAUGUAUAAAUGCUUAGAAUCUCUGUUCUGAAAAAAAAAGAGAGAAUCUGUUCUGGAAAGAAUUAUAUAAUGAUUUUUGAAAGUCUUUAGCUAUAUGUAAAUUUAAUAUACUUAAAUUAAUCAAACUAUAGACUUUACAGUGAUGUGUAACCAAUGAAAUACAUUCCUACCAUCAAUACUAACUUACCUCACUUAGUUCAUGGUUUGUAGGGAACAGAUCGUAAUAAGAAACUGGGAACAAUGGAGUAUAACAUCAGUAGUUAUCCAUUUUCCCAGUGGCCCUAGCCAUCAACAGAUUUGGGUCCACAAGAUAGCUCACUUGACUAGUGCACUGCGUGACCGGGUUUAAGUCUGGCCCCCACUUCAUUGAAGGAAGUUUUUAGUACUAUGAUCUCUUUCUUUUUCUCUGUUUCCCUGUCCCUAUCUAAAAAUUAAUUUUUAAAAAUAUUUUAUUUAUUUAUUCUCUUUUGUUGCCCUUGUUUUUUUAUUGUUGUAGUUAUUAUUGUUGUUGAUGAUGAUGUCUUUGUUGGAUAGGACAGAGAGAAAUGGAGAGAGGAGGGGAAGACAGAGGGGGAGAGAAAGAUAGACACCUGUAGACCUGCUUCACCGCCUAUGAAGCGACUCCCCUGCAGGUGGGGAGCCGGAGCCUCAAACCAGGAUCCUUAUGUGGGUCCUUGUGCUUUGCGCCACCUGUACUUAACCUGCUGUGCUACUGCCCAAUUCCCUAAAUUAAUUUUUUUUCUUUUUUUGUCUCUAGGGUUAUCACUGGGGCUCAGUGCCAUCAGAGAGAAAUUGAGAGCAAAGGGGCAGAUAGAGAGAGAGAGAUAAGGAUAGACACCUGCAGACCUGCUUUACCACUUAAGAAUCUCCCUGCCCCCCACAGGUGGAGAGCCAGGGGCUCAAACCUGGAUCCUUUCACAGAUCCAUUUGCUUAAUACUAUGUACACUUAACUAUUUAUGCCACUGCCUGGCCCCCUCAACUGAUCUGUUAAUGCUUUCCCCAUAUUUUAUCUACUAUAUGAUGCUCUUCUCUUUAUAAAUAGGCAACAUGAUGGGUUGUAUUAAUGCUUGUAGGGGUAUUAUUGGCAACUAUUAAAGAUACUUUAUGGUACCUCA